AUGAGCUCUCCUAAGAGAAGAAUUGAAACAGAUGUAAUGAAGUUGCUCAUGAGCGACUAUGAGGUGACCUUGAUUAACGAUAACAUGCAGGAGUUUUUUGUAAACUUCAUGGGACCCAAGGAUUCCCCCUAUGAAGGAGGCAUGUGGAAAAUUCAUGUUGAAUUACCUGACCAAUACCCUUACAAAUCACCCUCAAUAGGUUUCCAGAACAAGAUCUUCCAUCCGAACAUCGACGAGGCAUCAGGUUCUGUAUGCCUUGACGUUAUUAAUCAAACCUGGUCUCCAAUGUUUGACAUGUUCAACAUUUUUGAGGAAUUCAUACCACAACUACUUAAUUAUCCUAAUGCUUCCGAUCCUCUUAAUGGUGAUGCUUCUUCUCUGUAUCUCAGAGAUAAGAGUAAGUAUCUAGAGAAGGUUAAGACUUAUGUGAAGCGUUAUGCCAAUCCGGAUGAUGUGAGGAACAAUCAUAAUGGCAACUACAAAAACAAAGAUGAUAUCAAUGACAACGAGAAGGAUGAUGAUGUCGAUGAUGAAGAGUUGAGCAGUGUUGAUGCCACUAGCGAUGAUGACGAUGACGAUGACGAAGAUGAAGACGAAGACGAAGAAGAAGAACAAGAGGAAGAAGAAGAAGAAGAUGGACCCAAUCAAGACUCUGAUAAUGAUUACAGGGAGAACAUGAAAGGAGAUGAUGGAGAUUAUGACGACCUUAAUGAUCUGGAUGAGCUGGAAGAUGAAGAAGAAGAUGAAGAUGAGGUGGCGGGAAGAAUGGAUCUUUAA